AUGAUCUAUCUGAAAUCCAUAUUAAAAGUGAUAGAUAAUUCUGGUGCACAACUAGCAGAAUGUAUCAAAGUGCUUGGAAAAGGCUCUCCGAAAUCUGCAGGAAGAAUCGGUGACAAGAUAGUGUGCGUCGUUCAAAAGGCAAAGCCUCUAAAUCAAGCUAUUACUGGUCAAUCCAAUAACAACCGUGUCAAGAAGGGUGAUAUAGUACGUGCUGUUAUUGUCCGCACAAAACAAAGCAAUAUGAUUCGUCCGGAUGGGUCAACGAUAUCUUUUGGUGAUAAUGCAUGUGUGUUAAUUAAUAAGAACACUGGCGAACCACUGGGUACAAGGAUAAUGGCUAAUGAUGGUGUUGUUGGUAGAGAACUAGAAGAAAAGGGAUAUAACAAGAUCUGUUCUUUGGCGAGUAAAGUGUUAUGA